AUGACGUCAAUAUUUAUUGAACCAAAAACUGUCACGAUUAUUGCCGAUGUGGUUCGCUUACAACUGGCAGUAUCGAUGGAACAGACUUGGUUCCUCAUGAUCACGCCAUUCAACGCGCUCAAAGUUCCAAAUGUUUGUACUUAUAUUUUUGAUUUACCACCGUUUAGCACAGAAGAUGUGACAGAAGAUCCUCUAAAAACUAUUUUUGUAGGAAGAUUAAAUCCGGAUACUUCAGAAGAAACUUUACAAAAAGUGUUCGAGAAGUUUGGCGCAAUCAAAAAAAUCAGACUUGUGCGUAAUUUAGUAACUGGCGAUUCGCGUGGUUACGCGUUUAUUGAAUUCACGCAUGAAAGAUCUAGUCAAGAUGCUUAUAGGAAUGCAAACAAAAUGACAGUAGACGAUCGCCAAAUAUUAGUAGAUUACGAACGGAGUCGUCUAAUGGAGGGAUGGAUUCCAAGACGUCUAGGUGGCGGAUUCGGGGGAAAAAAAGAAUCAGGACAACUUCGUUUUGGGGCACGAGAUAGACCGUUCAAAAGACCAUUGCAUAUCGCCGGAAAUCAAGCAAUGCCCGAUAUACUUCCCGAACAAAGAUACGAUGAUUGCUGGAGAAGAUAUCACCUUCAGGUAUCAUCCCCCACUAGUUAUGAUAGGCAGGUGCAGGAUCGUCGUAUUAGUUCUACUACAGCCGUUACUGCAACUAGUUUCCAUCAUUCUCCUCGAUCCUCUGUAUUCCAAUAUCAAAAUGACGGUACCUCUACAUCUCUUGAAAGAUGGAAUAAUUCUCCUUACGAUUCUAGGAAUUCAGCAAAACAUACUUCACGAUCUCCUCCUCGUCGAAAUUUGCUCUCUUCCCAUCACCAUCAUCGCCUUGAUAAUGUUCAGAGUGAUACACGUCUCAAAGAUGAAUAUAUUCAAAGUGAUGCACGUACUAAAAAGAAUGAUGAAAAAGUUUAUCGUCGUCAUUAUUCACGGUCAAGAUCACAAAAUCCAUCGCCAAAUCGUCGCGAGAGAGAUUAUAACAAAAAAAGAUACCGAGAAAGGGAUAAAGAAGAGGGAGGAGAACACAAAGAUAGACGCAAAAUUAAUCAUGGAUAA